CCUCGCUAUGCCCGCUGUGGUGACCGAGACUGAAGGCCCGAGUCGCGGGGAGUCCUCCGGCGCGGCGGCGGCGGCGGCGGCGCCUCACGGGGAGCUCCAGUACCUGAGGCAAGUGGAGCAGAUCCUGCGCUUCGGGCACAGGAAGGAGGACCGCACGGGCACCGGCACCCUCUCCGUCUUCGGGCUGCAGGCGCGCUACAGCCUCCGAGAUAAUUUUCCAUUGCUAACAACUAAAAGGGUUUUCUGGAAGGGAGUACUUGAAGAGCUACUUUGGUUUAUCAAGGGUUCUACAAAUGCAAAAGAACUUUCUGCUAAAGGUGUUAAGAUCUGGGAUGCCAAUGGUUCUCGUGAAUUCUUAGACAAACAGGGAUUCUUUUCUAGGGAGGAAGGAGACUUGGGCCCAGUUUAUGGCUUCCAGUGGAGACAUUUUGGAGCUGAAUACAAAGAUAUGCAUACAGAUUACACAGGGCAAGGGGUAGAUCAGCUGCAGCAAGUAAUUGAUACAAUCAGAAACAAUCCAGAUAACAGAAGAAUAAUCAUGUGUGCGUGGAAUCCUAAAGAUAUAUCCUCAAUGGCCUUGCCUCCAUGUCAUGCUCUAUGCCAGUUCUAUGUUUUAAACGGUGAACUCUCUUGUCAGCUGUAUCAGCGUUCUGGAGAUAUGGGGUUAGGAGUACCUUUCAACAUUGCCAGUUAUUCAUUGCUCACUUCAAUGGUUGCCCAUGUUACAGGCUUGAAGCCUGGCGAGUUUAUACAUACACUAGGAGACGCUCAUAUUUACCUGAAUCAUAUCGAACCUUUGAAAAUCCAGCUUCAGAGGCAACCAAGACCUUUUCCAAAACUCAAAAUUCUUCGCAAUGUUGAAAACAUCAAUGACUUCAACGUGGAUGACUUUGAACUAGAAGGUUAUGAUCCUCAUCCGUCUAUUAAAAUGGAAAUGGCUGUCUAGGUGACUUGUAACAGUGUUUACUUGCCUUAAGGUCCAAUUUGCAGUAGUGCCCUUAGAAGAACCGUAUUUUGACUUUCUAAAUAUUAGAAAAUACUAAAGAUAUUUCAUGAUAAAUUAUCAUGGUUUUCUUAUGGAGUUUGAAGUAUGCACUGUAUCCAAUGAAGUACUCCCCCCCACCCACCCCCCGAGGAUACAUUUUUCAACUUCACUUGCUGUGACAGGUUAACUUUCUAGGUUUUAUAAUAGAAAAGCACUUUCUACAAUUUCUGAACUAUGCAAUA